AUGUCUGGGGAACCCACCCCACCUCUCCCUGGAGAUACGUCUGCUGCUCCUAUGGCAGAAAGCUGGUGUUAUACACAGGUUAAAGUAGUAAAAUGUUCCUACCUGUGGACCAUUAAUAACUUCAGUUUUUGUCGAGAAGAGAUGGGUGAAGUGUUAAAAAGUUCAACGUUCUCAUCUAGCCCAAGUGACAAAAUGAAAUGGUGCCUGAGGGUACAUCCGAAAGGAUCAGAUGAUGAAAGUAAAGACUACUUGUCCUUAUAUUUGCUUUCAGUCAGCUGCCCAAAAAGUGAAGUUCGAGCAAAAUUCAAAUGUUCCCUUCUGAACGCGAAAAGGGAAGAAACAAACGCAAUGGAAAGCCAAAGAGCAUAUCGAUUUGUACAAGGAAAGGACUGGGGUUUUAAAAAAUUCAUUCGAAGGGAUUUUUUGCUUGAUGAAGCUAAUGGUCUUUUACCAGAUGACAAGCUUACAUUAUUUUGUGAGGCGAGUGUGGUCCAAGAUUCAGGAAAUAUAUCAGGGCAUACUAAUACAAAUAAUUUGAAGGUUCCUGAAUGUCGACUAGCAGAAGAUUUAGCCCUGGUGAGCUUGCAGCUCCUAAGGAUGUGCAGCUGCUGCUACUGA